AUGUCAGACAUUCUCGAUAUCCUUGACUCUACGAGUGGUGGAGAUACCAAUUCAAAUUCAGACUUUGUUCAUUUUAUCAAUACUGGAAAUUCGUCAGAAAAUUCUGGAAACUCAAACGAUGAUUUAUUUAAUUCAACGUGUGAUGAAAAUGAGAAUGAACCACCCCUUCAACGUUUACAGCGAUUACAAUCUUAUUCAAAUCAUAAUGACAAAAAAAAUGCUGUUAAAUAUAUAAUUGAUGCGUUGCGUAUGGUACAAAAUGAAGACAAUUUAUACACAAUAUUACAGUGCACAAAGAAGCUAGCAGAUGAUAUCGUAACCCAAGUACAAAUUGAUGCAUUAGAGAAGUUUGUUCCUGUGGUUGAAUUUUUAGCACAAAAUUUUAUAAAUCCCGAACUACUUGUUAGAGAUUACUUAUUUCAGUCGAUUAUACAAACAUUGGGGCAUGCAAAUAAUAGGGUUCGUAAAGCUAGCCAAGCUGCUUUAAUUCGUACAUUUGAACUAGAACAAGUUAAUAAAGAUGAAAUUGAAAAUGAUGUAAUACCAACAUUAGUAAAUUUAAAUCAUGCAUGCGAUGAGUACAAAAAUGAAGCUGUUAUGUUAAUGAGUCGUUUAGCCCCAUAUGUUGGCUCUGAUUUAACAUUAAAAUAUUUUGUUCCAGCAGUUGUGCAAUUGUGUUCAACUAUUGCAUUUCAAACAAGAAAGACAUGUACAACAGCUAUUGGUGAUUUUGCUACAAUUAUUCCGCCCUCCGCUGUCGAUGAACAUCUUGUAAAUUUAUAUUUAUUUAAUAAAUCAACAGAACAGUUAUGUUCAGAUUCAUUUUGGGGCGUCCGUAAAGGUUGUGCCGAAGUGUUACAUCCAUUGGCUACUGUUUGUUCGUUGGAAUCUCGAUGGAAUGUUCUUUCAACAUGUCUUAUCCAGUUGUUACAGGAUCAAUCGAGAUGGGUGAAAACAGCUGCUCUGAGAGUUCUUGGAUAUUUUAUAUCCACAUUUCAUGAUCCAAAUAGGAUCGGUCAAUGUACAAGAUCUACAACAACAAAGUUAGAGAGGAAGCAAAGAGAUGAUCUAUGCGAAGAUCUGAAAGAUAUAAAUACAUCGGAUACGUACAAUGAUUUUCAAUAUUGGAGAAUAGUGCCAAAAAUUAGUUUAGAUGGUACUCAACAAAGCAGUGAAGGAACCGCUGAUUAUAGUAACAGUGAAAUAGACUAUAGCACAAAUUUUCCACGAAAACGUUCCCUGUUAGAAGUAUCAAAAUCAUUUGACCAAGAUGAUAUCAAUAGCAUAUUGCCUUCUGCUCUAAUAGAUUUUUAUACAUCAAUAAUUGAACAAUCUUAUAGCAGUGGUGUUGAAACAGAUGUCGUUCAUCAAAGUGCACAUACAUUUCCGGCUGUCGCUUUAACCAUAACAAAUAGCAAUUGGCAUCUAAUCAGAGAUACACACCGAAAAUUAUCAGAAGAUUUACAGUGGAAAGUGCGACGAACAUUAGCAUAUUCAUUACAUGAAUUAGCUAAAAUUUUAACAACCCAACAAACCGAGGAGGAUUUAUGUCCAGUAUUUGAAUCAUUUUUGAGAGAUGUUGAUGAAGUUAAAAUUGGAAUUAUCACGCAUUUAGCAGAAUUCUUCAAAUUGCUUCGUCCUGUCAUGCGAAACCAAUAUUUGGAAAAACUAACUUGUUUAACAUCUGUUGAUAAUCAAAGAAAUUGGAGAUUUAGAUCAGAGAGUGCUAUCCAAUUGCAGGAAUUGUGUGCAUUAUAUAAUCCAUCUGCUAUUAGUGAUUAUAUUUUACCAUUGGCUUUUUCAUUAUCUUUGGACAAAGUUCAUGACGUGCGACGAGAAUCGAUCAAAGCUCUAGCGGCCUGUUAUGAUAGAUUUAGUCAAACAAAAUCACAACAACUAUGUGAAAUAUUUAUUGAAGAUAGUCAUAGAAUAUUUGCCCGAUCUAUGGAAUGGAGAUUUAGACAAGCAUAUGUUCAUUUAUGUCAAGAGAUUGUUGAACGUCGAUGUGAAACACCACAACAAUUUGCUUUGAGAUUCUUUGAUUCCUUGCUACGAUUGAAACAUGAUCAUGUUGUCAAUGUUAGAUUGACAUUCGCACAAUUUUUACAAUCAUAUUUAACAAAUAAUUCAGAUUAUUAUUCUUAUUUACCCGAUCAUUGGCGAAGUCAAGUUAGUGAAGCAAUUCAAUUAUUACAGAAUGAUCGUGAAAGAGAUGUAAGAAUAUGUGUUGGUGGUGUUUAUGAACAAUUACCACCACCUGAUCUAAUUCAACAAACAACAUUAUCAACGAUAGUAACUUCUGUAGAAGAUCAAGUUAAAGUUGAACAAGAAAAUGAUAAAACUGAAUUAAAACUACCUACAUCAAGAAAUAAUAAUCCAAAUCGUAUUGAAAUUUUGUGA